ACAAAGAUUACACAACAGGUUGGAAAUCACAAAUUCUACAAUGAGUCAUUUGGAAGGAAUCAGUGGCUAACUGCAAGCAUUGCAAAGCAACCACUAACCUGCUAUUCAAUGGAGUGGCUGUGUUUUCUUCAGAGUUUCCACCAUAAAUCCAGAGAAUGCCAGACUUUGAUGACAAAGUUUGAUGACAAAAUUUGCCUACAAAGGACCGCUGCAUCACCUUCACAAGAUUCAGAAACCUGUACCGACCUGCAGAAACAGCAUGAAGUCAUCCAUGCAGCAGUUGGAGAGCCUUUAGUGUUGAACUGCACCUACAACUGCUCCUCUGGAUUUGUCCAUGGACACUGGGUCAAACUCUCAGACUGUCCUCAUUGUCCUAGGCCAAGGGAAACAAAAAAUGUCACAAAGAAUGGUGACCUCUGCACACUACCAUUGUAUUUUCCACAUCUGUCCAGGGAAGAUUUUCAGUACAACUAUACCUGCUUUUCUGAAGAUCAUGAAAGCGAACAGUUCCCACGCAAGAUAGAGUGUCUGGUAUCACUGCAGGCACAAGCUCGACCUAGUGCCCCGGACACAACGGACACUACUGAUGAAUCGCUGACAGCGUUGGGUAACCAUGAGGACUCAAUAAUAGAUCACGGAAAACCUGCUGUUAUCUGUACAGGCACAACAUCAAGAGAAGGAUCAGGUGCAUGCUCAACCAAUUGUGAGAGGGUGGCACUGCGAAUAACUCCGGCUGAUUGCCAGAGUGAUCAUGAGGUUCCUUACGCUGACAUCAUGAUUACUAUGCGAGGGGCCAGCACACCAGAGCUCACACAGAUCUCCUACCUAGCUCUGGGGGACCAUAGAGAGAGGUGGAGAGAAGAGGCAGGCCCUGGCCCCAGCACCGGCCCUGAAGCUAGAUCCCACCUGCAGGCCUCCCGCUCAGCUGACAGACUGCAUGUUCAGCCCCUAGAAUUCUUCAAGGAAGAUGAGCAAAACUCAGAGUAUGCUGGUAUCACCUACUCAUAACCAGUGGGGAUGGAGAAAGGGUAAAAGAGUGAACAAGAGAGAGCAAGUGAGACAUGACCAUCACUGUACUCAUGUUAAUAUUCCCUGGCUUUGUUUGCUUUUUUUUAAACUGUUUUUUACCGUAUAAAAAGUUACAUGAAUUGUCAUCCAAUAAAGUCAUACUUUUGUG